AUGGCGACAAAACCCGGGCUGGAGGGCCACGCCGGCGAGGCCAUUGUCCGCGAAGAGCUCGCUCUCUCCAUCAGCGAAAAUGCCAAGAGACACUGGCGAGCCUUGCUAAUCUCAUCUGUCGGGUUUACCGCCGGCAUCGCGUUCGCCUACGAUACCACUGCCAACGGAGCCUCCAUCUCGAUGCCUUCUUUCUUGCUGUACUUCGGAGACAUUGGCUCCACUGGACCCUAUCUGCCCUCGAUCUGGACUUCGCUAUGGACGGCCAUGUCGUCUCUGACCCAGGCUCUCGGCGCCAUCCUCGUCGGCUUCAUCGCGGAUAGAUACGGUCGAAAGUGGCCAUCUUGUGCGGCAGCGAUCUUGACACUUAUCGGGGCGGCUGUCCAAUACAUCGCUGUGCAACAGGCGACUCUGAUGGGAGGGAAGAUGAUUACCGGCCUGGGCAUCGGUGCAGUGAUGGCUACAGCGACAACAUACAUUAGCGAGGUUGCGCCCUUGAAGCUGCGAGCACCGCUGCAAACUGGCUUAGUAGUGUUCGUCAUCUUCAGCCAAGGCUUGGCGUUGGCCAUGGUCCGUCUUUUCGUCCCAGACAUUCGAGAGCAAGCAUUCAGAACCGUUAUUGCGAUUCAAUGGGGUGUGGGAGGUCUAGCUCUGCUGGCCUGGGCUGCGGCCCCUGAGUCCCCCUUAUGGCUGGUUAGAAAGGGCAAAAUCGAGGCUGCUCGGCAGGUCAUGCGAAAGAUUUAUGGCCCUAAUCAACCAGAUGAGCGACUCGAGUACGAGAUACGUGCCAUCCAGGCCGAGCAAGAGUUCGAGGCCAACAAUAAAGCCACGUACAUGGCUUGUUUUCAGGGGACCAACCGGAAGAGGAGUCUUACUGUCGCGUUUCUCUACUCUACGGCCAACAUCGGCGGCGCCUCGUUCCUUGCUCAGAACAUCUACUUCCUCAUCACAGCUGGUCUUGAGGCGGUGCACUGCUUCGAUGUCGGGAUUGGGGGCUUCGGACUGGCGGUCUUGAUCAUCCUGACGAGCGGAGUCUACCUGAAGUACGUCAACAGGCGCAACGUCGUGUUGAUAGGCUUGGUUCUCAACCUGUUGGUGAUGGUGAUCAUCGGCGCCCUUUACUGGGCAGACAAAAAGGGCGGCCUAUGGGCUAUUGCUGUUCUGAUGAACAUCCUCAUCUCUCUGCAGUCCAGUCUGCUCCAGGGGGCGGGUUGGCCUAUCGCCGCUGAAAUCCCCUCGUAUUCCCUCCGAGCAAAGACCCUCUCCAUCGGCAUUUGCGCGCAGACAUUCACCACUUGGGUCUUCAACUUCAUCACCCCGUACAUGUACAACGUCGACUCUGGGAACCUCGGCGCAAGGACAGGCUGGAUCUAUGCCGGGACGUCGGUGUUUUUGUUCAUUGGUGGCUGGCUUUGGAUACCGAAUACUACUGGGAUGACGACGGAAGAGAUUGAUCAUGCGUAUGAGUCGGGAGUGGCGCCAAGGAACUUUAGGAAACAGGCGUUGGUUGCGCCAGAUGGAGGCAAGCGGGAUUCCGUUUAG